AUGGUCAUUCGAAAACCUCUCCCUGAGCAUGCCGACCUCGACUCGGCUGUGCCCCAGCACGUGCGAGAUACAUGGUCGGGCAGUAACACGGAAGAGGAGGCAAUAUGGGGGGACGUCGCUCAACACCAGCACGGCCAACACAGUACAUCAGGUGGUGACGCACAAGCAGAGGUACCAAACUCCCUGAGACCCGGCGGCGCCGCCAAUCUUGCCGACUUUAAGGAAGACGGGAAUGUAUGGGCUGAAGGCGUCCCCGCGCUGGCCAAGCCAGAAGAUCUGGGCGCUGUGCCCGACGUACUCAGGCCCGGCACCAGCCAUGGAAAGCAGGCGGCAGACACCGCCAGUCAAAACACUGGGGCAGACCAAGGAUCUGUUCCAAUACCGGCAGCUCUUCGGCCAGGCCACGGAGUGCCCAAACCCGAGACCAACCCGUUCAAGAGGAAGAUGUCCCUGCGCGGCCAGUCGGGGGUCGACAAGCAGACGACAACCGAUGUCCCACCCGUUCCCUCCCUUCCAUCACUUCCCACCGCGGACUUCCAGCAGCUCAGUAUCAACGAGACGGGCGCCAACCCCUGGCAACCAGCGGUGGACGAAAACAAAGCGAGCAUGCCCCCAGUUCCGAAGUUACCGGAGCAAGAUUCCGUGGGCGAUAAUGUGUGGGCAUCGGCAAAGCCGUCGCGCCAGCCAACGCCUGGGCCGAGGUCUACGUCGCCAGCUCUCUUGUCUUUGCCUUCAGAGGAGGGAUCGGCUGGUUGGGAAGAGGAACCCAGAAAACCGGCCAAUGCUCCAGGGCAACUCAUUAGCACCGGCGAUGAGGAAAUGCUCGGUGAUGCGCAUGCGUGGGAUGACCUCCGAACCGUCGACAAAGGGAAGGGCCUCGCGCAGCCACCACCAGUACCAAGCAAGGGGGCCGCUGGGGCGGAGGACUGGAAUCUAGUUGACGCUGAUACCCGGCUUGGACCUCCUUCUAGGCAAAGUAGCUGGGAGAACUUCAGGGACAAAGAGGAGAAUGCGAGGAAAACGACCGCCGCGGCGCAGCCGACGGCCCAGGAACCACCAACUCUGCCUCCCCGGACAUCGGGCGAGGCGCCAGCACCACCCCCAUUAUUACCUCCCCGACCGGUGGACGACUCUGAGACGUAUCAAAUCAAAAACAUCACAUGGCACGAUGGCUCAGCUUCCAAAAAUCCCAGGGUAUCGCCUAUCCUCGUCCAGAAUGCAAACGGGCCAUGUCCGCUCGUCGCCCUGGUCAAUGCCCUGACGCUCACAACACCAGACCAGGCAAACACAGCGCUUGUUGAGGCGCUAAGGUCCCGUGAGCAGGUCAGCUUGGGCCUUCUUCUGGAUGCCGUCUUUGACGAGCUGAUGUCGGAACGGAGGACGCAACCAGACGUGCCUCUGCCGGACGUGACGGAAUUGUAUUCCUUUCUCAAGGGCCUACAUACCGGCAUGAACGUCAACCCACGCUUCAUUCCCGCACCGGAGGUCGUCACGGCUUUCAAGCGCACAUCGCUCACCCACCUCCACCCAACGGAACGCACCGACAUGAUCCCGGGGACGUUUGAGCACACGAAGGAGAUGGCCCUCUACUCGACCUUUUCAGUACCGCUCAUCCACGGCUGGCUGCCCUCCAAGGAUGAUGCUGUAUACGAGGCAUUUGCACGGCAGGCAGCGUCGUAUGAAGAUGCGCAGAACCUGCUAUUCAGGGAAGAAGAGCUCGAAGAGAAGCUGUGCAACCAUCACGAGGGGCUCACUCCAGAAGAGCAGCAGAUCUAUCAAGACAUCUUGACCAUCAAGUCGUUUUUGAGCAUAUCCGCUACGCAGCUUACUAGGUUUGGCCUGGAUGUUAUCAAAAAGGCGAUGAAGCCUGGUUCUGUGGCUAUCCUCUUCCGCAAUGACCACUUCUCAACGCUGUAUCGACACCCGCAGACGCUGGAGCUGCUCACUCUCGUCACCGACGCCGGAUAUGCUGGCCACGCCGAGGUCGUGUGGGAGUCUCUCGUCGACGUCAACGGCGAGAGCGCCGAGUUCUUCUCGGGCGACUUCCGCCUCGUCGGCGGCGUCACCCACGACCAGCCGGGUCCUCCCGCGGGCGACCAGGGGGGCAACGACGGAUGGACCACCGUGCAGGGCCGCCGGGGCCGUAGCCAGUCGACACAGCAAAACGGCUCCCCGGAACCCCCGCGGUCUCCGCAACACGAGCAGGAAGACCGCGAUCUUGCCCUAGCGCUGCAGCUGCAAGAGGAAGAGGACGCGCGCGCCCACGCCGAGCAAGAGCGCCGCCGCCGCGAGAGCUUGCUCUCAGAGCAGUACAUCGAGCAACAGGCGCGCUCCGGCGCCGGCGCCGGCAACGGCAGAGCAACCACCACCGCGCCGGCAAGCACGGGCGCCCUCCCGGCCAACCAGCAGCGCAACCGCGGCGCCUCGUACAGCUCCGCCUCCCUCGCCUCCACCGCGACCACCACCACAGGCUCCAGCGGCCGACGCACCACCCCGAUCCAGCCAUCCAUCAACCGCACACACCCGCGGCCCGCCUCGGCGUCUGCAGUCACAUCGGUCUCCACGCACUCGGCGUCGGGCGCCAACGCCAGCCGUCCCAGCCGGCCGACGACGCAAACUGUGCGUUCGCUUCUACCCCCUCCCACCACCGGCACGAACGCGAACAGGCUGGAUGACGAUGACGCGCCGCCGAGCUACGAACAGGCUGCCAAACAGCUGCCGUAUGUCCCGCCUGCAGGGCACCCGAGCCAUCCUACCAGUAGUCCGGCGACUGGUACUGCUGGUGCUUCUUCUUCAGCCUCGAGUUCGGCAGUGCCGCAGCAGUUGGGGAGGGGUGGCAGGCCGCAGCAGGGUGGGAACGGGAUGGGGCACGGAAUGAUGAGUCCGCCCCCGGGGUUCGGUCCGUUUAGGAGAGGGGUGCCGCCGCCUGUUGGGUCUGGCGUUGGGAAUGGAAAUGGAAAUGGUAAUGGUGGGAGGGAUAGAGAAUGUGUUGUUAUGUGA